CAGAUCGAAAAAGGUGGGGAUGCAAUUUCCUCGUCAACAAAAAAUAGUUUGGUAUUGUGAAUCAAUCUUUACUGUCUACAACACCCGAACCUUUGAGACCAUAAUAUUGAAAUAGCAAAGUCAGUUAUACCGAAUGAGCAAGCGACUUUAAAAAUAAAAUACUUUUGAGGAUAUGUUUGAAUUUGUACUAAUUCAGUUAUAAAGUAUAGCACUUUAAACUUGAACGCCACAAAAUCAGAUAAAACCAAUAACCAUACUACAACUAAAUUAUACUUCAAAACUAUACUUCAUUCAAUGAAACAACCUGCAGGUAGACGGCUGAUCAAAAAUUUUUACAUUUUACUGGAAUUUUCUCAGAGACUUCUUUAUUGAGUCUUUAAAAGUGAAAUACGAACGAAUGUGGUCGACUUGGUGUAUAUAUAUAAACUCUAAAGUUAAAUUUAUAGACUGCAGUGUGGAAUCGUACCAGGACGUCUAAUACGAGGUUAGCUGGUAUUUAGACUGUUGAAGUUUUCAUGUAAGAGAAAUAUAUUUGAAUAUCACCGACCAAUCACACAAGAGAUCGGACUUGUAAACCAAGACCCCAAUAUGAAUUUACCUUCACAUCCGAUCUCCCGUUUACUGGCUUAUUUAGCGAUAUCAAUACUUUGCCACACCAUUUUCGGAAAAUCUUUGACAUCAACAGACAUGCGCUUGCGCAUGCUCAAAAAACGAGAUUUUCUCUCAACAAAGAAGGAUAUUUUACAGUCAUAUCAUCGACAAAAAAGACAGUUGCCACUACGCAGCAUUCCCGUCACAACUCCAGUAUUGAACGAUAAAGUUCGAAGGAAGAGAUAUACGACUGUCGUUUCAAAAUGGACAAAGUUGAGAAUAACCUAUUCAAUCAACAAUUUCACGACAAAGAUUGGCAAAGACGGGACACAUCAAGCCAUCGACAAUGCAUUUAACGUUUGGGCAAAACAUUCGCCUCUCAAUUUUGUCAAAGUCAAUAAAGACGAUAAUCCAGACAUAGUUAUCCUGUUUGCCAGCGGUUCUCAUGGUGACCGGAACGACUUUGAUGGAAAGGGCGUAACCAAAACACAUGCUUUCUAUCCCGGACCUGGAAUAGGAGGUGAUAUCCAUUUUGACUCUGAAGAACCCUGGACGAUUAACAAAGCUCCAUAUGAAGGUAUUGAUUUAUUCCUGGUUGCAGUUCAUGAAAUCGGACAUGCACUUGGACUGGGACAUUCAAGCGAUAUCAAUGCAAUUAUGGUUCCUGUAUAUCAAUACCAUGAUACAUCUAAUUUUCAACUUCCACAAGAUGAUAUAAAUGGAAUUCAGUUUCUUUAUGGGAAACCCUCGCUUUCGCCGUCGUCAACAGCAAAAGAGUUGGAGAGCGUGAUUACAACCCCGACUUCUAUCAUUACAACAGAAAGAGCGAAAAGAAUUCCAAGCUCCACAAGAAAACUAUCAACACAAUCAGCCCCAUUUCCAUCUGACAUCUGUGACAUCAAGAAAUUCGAUGCAAUCUCUUUUAUAGAAAACGAUUUAUACGUCUUCAGUUCGAAAUAUAUGUGGCGAAAGUCUUUAACCGAACAGAAAGCUAUGGGGCCAGUUUCUAUUGCCAGUUUGUGGCCGGCAGUAAAAUCAGGAGUAUCCGCGGUGUUUGAAAAUCCUUCGGAUCACACAAUCGUCGUCAUAAAAGGAAAAAAAUAUUACGAAUAUGAUGUACUAGCGCCUCGAUUUUCACGACGAUUGAAAAGGAUGGGAGUAUUUGAAAAUGAUAUCGAUGCUGCCAUAUGGUGGUACAGAAUUCAUGACCCAUAUUUAUUCAAAGGCGAUAAAUACUGGAGAUUAGAGAACGAUCGCGUUGCCGCUGGGUAUCCGAAAAAUAUAAGUGUGUGGGAAGGGGUUCCUGCAGAUUUGGAUGCUGCUUUCGUUGGACCCGAAGAAGGCGGGGUAAAUCACACCUAUUUUGUCAAAGGCAACAAGUACUGGAAAUUCCACAACCUAAAGGUCGAAGUAAUAGAUGAAUUUGACAACUUUGCUCAUGAUUGGUUAGGUUGCGGAAACGUCUUGGUACAACCAUCACCACCUUCAACGGAAAUGUCCAUAGCCCUUCCCUCAAUUGCAAUGCACUUUCUUGGCGCGUUGGGAGUGUACUAGAUACACAAGAGAAUAGCCAUACACAAGAGAAGAUGGGGAUGUAAGAACACACUCUUAACAGCUUAACUCUGUUCUAUUGUCUACUUUACUUAUAUCACCAAGAACCAUUCUUUGUGACGUACUAUCCACCCUCCUGUAUAGUAUAUGUCAUUCCCUCCCACAAUUGUUUUAAAACAGUAAAAAAUAUCGAAAGACUUCAAAAUAAAACCAGAAUCUACUCCACUGUACCGAAGAAAAUAAUUCCCAUAACGAUGUUUUAUGCCGAUUUUUAACAGAUAUUGAAAACAUUCUAAGAAAAUUAACACUAACUGAUUAAAUUUACGCUAUAAGCACUAAAAUAUCUUAUAAAUAUCAAAUAUUAAAAAAAAAGGAUAAAAACCAGACUAGAAUCCAUCCCCUGAUCAUAGAGAAUAUUUUCCGAUAACAUUGUUUUAUGUCAAUUUUCAACAGCUAAUAAAAACGGUAAAAGAAUUAUCAUCUACAGCAGGGUGGUCCAAACCCAGGCCCGCGGGCCACA